AUGACGCUCUCCAUACCGCGGAUGCAGGUGUUUGAGAUUGCGGACUACUCAUGGUACCCCGGGUUCCUUCGCGGAUAUUUGCAAGCGGCUUUGACCGCAGCAUGGACCAUUAACAUCCCCUUCAUCCAAACCUCCUCCCCAGCCGAGGUCGUAGCCCGCCUUCUCCGCACCCACCUGGGCCGGAACCUCCAUGCCCACACUUUCAUCGACUUCUGCGCCGGCGCUGGCGGGCCCACACCGUUCAUAGAGCGCCACCUCAACAGCCUCACUCCAUCUCCCCCUUCCCCAAACACCAACGAUACCCGGAAACAUCCCCUCCAAUUCGUCCUCACAGACCUACAUCCCCACCCUAGCCUCUGGGCAGCAGCGGCCGCGCGCUCGCCGAACUUGAGUUAUAUCGCAGAACCCGUGGACGCGGCGCGGGUGCCGCGGGAGGUGAUUCGGAAGUACCGUGGGGGUGGCCGGCCCGGGGAGGAGGGGAAACGGGUGUUUCGGCUGUUUAAUGUGUCGUUUCAUCACUUCGAUGAUGGGUUGGCGAGGGCGAUUUUGAGGGAUACGGUUGAUGGUGGUGGGGAGGGGUUCGGGAUCUUCGAGCUGCAAGACCGAGGCCUGGCCGGGUUUCUGUCCGUCUGUCUCUUCGGAAUCGGGUCUCUGAUCGCGGUCCCUUACUACGCCGUGCUCUGGCGUGCGCCGCUGGCGCUGGUAUUCACCUACCUGGUGCCCAUCUUUCCCGUCGCCCUUGUCUUCGAUGGCUGGAUGUCGUGUCUGCGGACACGCACGCCAGAUGAAGUCGAGGCGCUGCUGCGGACGUGUGGGGCUGAGGGAGGCGAGAAGGAAAUUGCCAAGUGGGAGGUCAAGAGUGGGAGCGAGACGUUCAUGUGGCCGGUUGGGCGCGUGAACUGGGUUAUUGCUGUUAAGAAGGAUGAUGGUGGUCGGGAUUAG